UGCUUGUUGACUGCGAUUGUAGUGAAGGAGUGCAUUGACAUGCAGAGUAAAUUUUUACAAUAAACUACAGUAAAUGAGUAUAGAAAUAUAUCAUUAUCAUCAAUAGACAGCAAAAACAUUUCUUUUAAGCCUCCUAACAGAAUAUCACAUGUUCUUGACCACAGCCGAGCCUUCAAGAAGUGAAAUUUCAAAAGCAGAAGUUUAGAGGAGUGCAGCAUCUCACAUUUAAUUCCAGUAGACUGAAUGUGUCUAUUGCAAUAUGAACAUUCCCGGGACACAUAGGAUGGACAGAGAAGAUGAAGAAAUUAUGGAUAUCUAUGCUAAUGCAGAUCCUGUAAACAGUCUUGAUGUCAGGACAGAAAACUCAUACACCGAAAGACACCAAACACUUCAACACACAGGAAGUGUUCAUGUGAGGAUGAGAAGCUCCAGAGCAUUUACAGUGUGUUUGGCAAUGCUGUGUGUUCUUCUGCUGACUGCAGUCAUAGUGCUGGGAGUCAAAUUCAAUAAAAACUACAGAGAAGAGACACACCAGCUACUAAAUAAAGAAGAGAGAGCUUGCUUAUCAAAUAAUUGUGACCUGAUUAAGCAAAGACAGAAUAUGGAUGGAUGGGUGUGCUAUCAAUCCAGUCUUUACUUCAUCUCUUUUGAGAUGAAGAACUGGGAUGAGAGCAGAUCAUACUGUCUGAAGAAAGGAGCAGAUCUGAUCAUCAUUAACAGUAGUGAGGAACAAGACUUUAUUGAAAGGGUUCCUGGUGAUACUGGAGUCUGGAUUGGUCUGAGUGACAGAGAUGUAGAGGACACAUGGAAAUGGGUUGAUGGCAGCAAAAUGACUUUUAGGUUGUGGAGGUCUCCAGAGCCAAAUGGAUAUACAAAAGAAAACUGUGUUUUAGCUUAUGCAUCAGGGUGGAUUGAUCAUGGGUGUCAUAAAGAAUUUAAAUGGAUCUGUGAGAAGAAUAUUUAACGUGAGUUAUUACAUGAGAUGCAAGCUUAUGUAAUACAUAGAGGAGCAAUUAUGUUUGUUAAAUUUGUGAAAAAACGAUCAACUGCAAAUGUUUUUUUGUUUGUUUGUUUUGUUUUGUUUUGCAUAUUCUUCUACAAGUCACACAUGGGGGAAAAUGGUGUUGAAAAAACUUUCAUUCUGAAAUUGCUAGUAAAUUUCACAAACUAUGAAGAAAGGGCAACACAAUGAAUUAAACGUGAAAUCUUGAAGUAGAAAAACUAGUAAAAAAAAAUAGUAUUUUAUUGAAAAAUGUAAUCCAGUAAUCUUGGUUUUAUUUGUUUUUUUUUUUAUUUUGUAACUUUGAAAAAAUACCUUCAUUAUUAAAUCACUGAGCAAAUUAAUUUGUG